AUACAGAGGGGGUGUGUCAGAAGCGGCGCGAAUCCACGCCUCUUACAUAAAGUCCAAAGACGGCGCUGGCAAAAAGCUGUACAACUAGAAGCUGACUGGCUGAUGUCAAGAAUCAGGCUGCUUUCAAUUCCGUUUUGUUCAAGUCGUGUUUGAAGUUUUUUUUCACCCGCAUAAACAAUCGCCAUUGAUCUUCAUUGCUGAAGAUAUCCGCGUCAAACACGAGGCGAGCGUGAAAGCAGACAGGCAAUUCCUGGAUCAACCUUUUAGCCCAGACACCAGCAAAAUUCAUGUCUGUGUACCCACCUCAUUUUUACUGCCCUGCGUUCGUGCCCAGCGGAGAGAUGACCGAGGUGAUCAUUAGCAGCAGCCCAAUGGAGGACAUGAGGCUCAGCCCCUCCAAAGACCGCCUCACCUUCCAGAUAUUCCCCGACCCGUCGGACUUCGAGCGCUGCUGCAAGCUGAAGGACCGGCUGCCGUCCAUCGUGGUGGAGGCGACGGAGGGGGAGGUGGAGAGCGGCGAGCUGCGCUGGCCCCCCGAGGAGUUCCUCAUCCAGCCCGACGCCCAGGAGAGCAGCACCCCCCUCAACAACGCACCCAUCCAGAACGGACAGACCGAACAGAACUCUCAGCACUAGACAGACAGACAUACAGACAGACACACACACACACACACACACACACACACACACACACACACACACACACACACACACACACACACACACACACACACACAGAAAGGCAGUACAUAGACACGUACAUACAUACAUACAAACAUGGCACUUACAAAAGCAGAGCAGAACUGUCAGCACUAGACACACAUGCACACAUACACACAGAUACAGAUGCACACACAGAAAUCCAGUACAUGUACACGUGAAAUACACAGCACUUACAAAAGCUAAUAACAACAUAAUCGAACACAUGCAAAAAUAAUCCACGGUGCACAUGUUUUGCUUACUAUAUACACACACGGAAACUGACAUCCUGGGAACGAUGGUUAUUACUACCCAACGACGCGCCUAAUGUCAUGUCACACCCCAGAAGAACGCAAAUGCAAACACACUUCCAUGUGUAAUAACUAGGAGAAGCCUCAUGCCAUUCCUGAGGACUCCUGUGAUUUGCUUGAUGGACUUGCCUCUCUGCAAACUGAUCAACCCUUGCUGUACCUGACCCCCACCCACUCUUUAACACACCAGCAUCACCUCUACUGAUGACCUGCAACCCCCACUCCCGCCACCCCACCCUAAGUUUGUUGUGUACCGAAGAUGUAUGCAACAAAAUGUAAUGAACAAAAAAACGAACAAGGGUCUUUGUCUGUCCUGUUCUCCCCCUUGUCCUCCAGCGAGCUAGCUAGUAGCAAAGACCCUCUCUGGUUCCUUGGCUAGAGUUUUGAUGAGCCUUCUUUUCCUUUCGAUUAGAGAUUGCCAUGCAGCUGCUGCCACUGAAGGAUUUGGGUGGGUCUCUCUUUUUUGUCGCUGUACUGUAGAGUGUCUGGUCACUGUUUUUGGUGGAAUGUGAUGUGAUCUCUUUUUUUUUAUACAGUUAUACUGUAAGAGAGGGCAGUUAAUGAGUUUAAAAAAGACAUGAAGGAAGAAAAUGGACACUGAAGUGCAGGAGUUAGUCCAGAUAACCACAAAUAUGAAGAAUGUUCAUAAUAUGGAUCCUGUUCAUAAAAUGUGUUUUUUUUUCCUUUUGUGGUUGUUACUUCCACACUAGAGUAAUAAUGAAGGUUUAUUUCUUUUUCUUUUCUGCACUGAACCUUUGACAAUAAGGCACUGUAACUGUGAGCUGGCCAUGUGUACUAUCCCAUCAGAGGUGCGGUCUUUUGUGUAAAUAUGUUUAAAAAAAUAAGAGUUGUUAAAAAAAAAAAAAUAGAGGGGUAAAAAAAAGAAGAGUGGCACUGAAGUGGCUGUAGUCCCAUUUCUCCUCCAUGUCCUCACUGUGCGGUCCCCAUCCCAUCCCGUCCUGUCCUGUCCCUGUGCCAUGGAACCCUCUCUCCCUGCCUCAUUCCCAUGACCUGUGUGGUUUUCUUGCCAUCGGUGGUGAAAUAGCUUUUUUUAGACGAGAUACUUGUCCAUUCUUGGGAAGGAAAGGGGGAGGGAGGAGACUUUGCUGAGUUGUCCCUUUUCCCUUUAUAUAACUCUGCAAAAAAAAGUCAAGCACUGCACACCCUUCUUUUUGAGCUUUGUUUUGUGCACGGUAUUCUUUUUUUUUCCUGACAUGAAGCGGCGAUGGUGGAAAAGCUGUGGCCCCUUGUCGCUAAGAGGUCAUGUGACACGCACGUUACCACGGGAACCAGCCUGUGGGUUGUUUUUAUUUUUGAAGUUCUGUUGUGUUCUCCUGUAUCAUGUUGGUAUUAUAUUUCCCCUUCUUAUCCCAAGUCAAACAUAGGGCUUUGUACAGAGUACGUUUUAAUACGUACACAGGCGCUCAUACACACAUGUAUGUAUACUGUCUGCUCACUCGCACACCUAUAGGUAUAACUUCACAUCUUACUUUUUGUAAGCUCAGGGAGAAUAGCCACCAUGGUGUUUGUUUUUCUUUUGUUUUUUUUGUUUUUUUUAUUUUGUAUGUAGACCACGUUCCCCUGCGACAAGCAGGGUUUGUAAAUAAACAUUUAAAUGAGCUUUCCA